GUUUUUAUUAAAUUAAACAUAAUUUUAAAUUUACCUGAUCUAAUUAAACAUAUUCACUAAGUAAGUGAGAGCAAAAGUAUUGAGAUGGGAACGCGAUCACCCGACAACCAGCCCAUGUAAUCACAGGUCAAUUGAUUGUCUCUGCACAUUGUUGUGCAGUUUGUUUAAAAUAGUUAUUUGCUUGUUUAUCUCUACAACGGUAACUCCGCUUCAGCAAACUUCAUUGGCUGCGAAGCACUUUCAAAAGUCACGACAAGCACGCGGAAGUCACACGGAGCCUGAUACUAAGUAAAGGCCUGUUGGUAACUGAUCAGGACUGGCCGAUGAGCUGAUCCGGUUGUACAGCCAGCAUUCGGUCCACGAACCAGCCUUGAAUCGCCGUCUGCAUUGGGCUCGGUCUAAAGGUACCGCUGUGGUGUGAUGACACACACAAGCAACAUUCAGCCUCGGAGUUUCAAAGCUGUUCCGGGCUCCUAGUCCAACCCCCCUCCAGCCCGCGGCAUCUCGUCACCGGUCGUUGGAAGUCGCCGUCAGCUUUGCCCGCAGUCCAGCCGGGCAGCUGCCGGGAGAAGUGGAGGAUGGCGGUGGGCAAGCGAGACCCCCGGAUCACCUACUGCCAAAGUCUCGGCUGCGGGGCAGUGGCCGGCGUCCUCAGCCGUUCGCUCACGUGUCCGCUGGAUGUGGUGAAGGUGCUCAGCCAAGUGGGGACCUUCCACAGCAAGAAAGGCUUCCUCAGAACUUUCCAGCUGCUUUGCGAGGCCGAGGGACUGCGGGCUCUGUGGAAGGGGAAUUUCAUCGCCUGCCUGCGCCUUUUCCCCUACAACGCCAUUCAACUGUCGUCUUACAACAAAUUUAUAAACCUGUUCAUGGACGAAUUAGGCCACGUCUCGCAUCGUGGUGUCAUUGUAGCAGGGAGCCUGGCAGGAAUCGUGGCUGCGGUCCUGACUUACCCCGCGGAACUGAUCGAGACGCGUCUGAUUGUUCAGAACAGCAGGGCCCCCACCUACAGAGGAGUCACCCACACUCUGCUGACUGUCUACACCAGGGAGGGAUUCUCAGCACUAUACCGAGGAGCUACACUGUCAAUCCUGGGAGCAGUACCUUUCUCGGCAGGCUCGUUUCUGGUCUACAGUAACCUGGAUACGCUGUGGAAUAGGCCCAGUGUGAAAUUCACACCGCUCCAGAACUUUGUCAACGGUUGCCUGGCAGCCUCUGUGGCCCAGACUCUUUCCUUCCCUUUUGAGACUGUGAAAAGGAAGAUGCAGGCACAAAGUCCGCUGCUCCCACACUGCGGUGGCGUUGAUGUUCAUUUUACCAGUAUCAUCGACUGUUUCAAGCAAAUUGUGAAGAUAAAGGGUUUUCUGAGUCUGUGGAACGGCCUGCCUGCCAAUCUACUAAAGAUUGUCCCAUACUAUGGCUUGAUGUUUAGCACGUUUGAAUUCUGUAAGCGGGCUUGCCUGUACAAGAAUGGCUACAUCGUGUCACCUCUAAGCUAUCGGCUCAGCCCUGGAGUGGACCAGAGCUUGAGGGCUGAUGAGCUCCAGGAACUGAAGAGGUUGAUCAGGGGGAAGAGCUUCGAGACUGACCGAUCCAGACUCGGCAACAAGUGGUGGGGAUGAGACACCAGAACGAAGGGAUCCAUAUUACAGGAGCCUUGUAAUCCUCAAGCACAGACUGCGACUGGCUGGUCAGAAAGAACCUUCCUCUCCAGACAGCUGGUCCUGCUCAUGCUGCACUGAACAUUGAUGAAUUCAAAGCAGAGGUGAAAGUGAUAAUGCUGACUGAGGUGAAUUGCCUAUUGAGGUGAACUCUCCCUGUAGUUACAUUAGGGCAUAGAACAUUGCAGCACAGUACAGGCCCUUCGGCCCACAAUGUUGUGCUGACCACUUAACCUACUCUAAGAUCAAUCUAACCCUUCCCCUCCUACAUAGCCUCCAUCCUUCUAUCACACAUGUGCCUUUCUAAAAUUUCUAAAAUGCCCCUAAACACCAACCCAAGAUCCCUCUGUUCCUCCACACUGCCAAAAAUGCCCCCAUUACUCCUGUAUUCUAACUUCAAAUUCGACUUUCCAAAAUGAUUUGCUCCACACUUGUCUGGGCUGAACUCCAUCUGCCACUUCUCAGCCGAACUCUGCAUUUUGUUAAUGUCCCAUUGCACCCCACAACAACCCUCCACACUAUACAGAGCUCCUUCAUGUUAUCUGAAAACUUACUAACCCAUUCUUUCACUUCCUCAUCCAAGACGCUCAUUUAGGUUCCAUUUAAUAUCGGAGAAUGUUUACAGUGUAAAACCUGAAAUUUGUACUUUACACAGACAUCCACGAAACAAGAGGCCCCAUAGAAUGAAUGAUAGAACAUUGAAGCCCCAAAACACCCUCUCCCCCACCCUUUGCAGUAGCAGCACCAAAAGUAUCAACCCUCCCCACCCC